GCCCGGCCCGGCCCGGCCCGGCCCGGGGGAGGCAGCGGAAGUUCCGCCGCCAUGGCGCCGGUGUCGCGCUCCCGCAGCCCGUCCGCCGCCAGCCCGCAAGGCCGAGGCCGCCGCUCCCGGUCCCGCUCCCGCUCCCGCUCCCGCAGCGUCCUGAGGCGCCGCCGGCGGAGCCGCAGCUGGUCCCGGUCCCGCAGCCCCGGCGGGCCGCGCUCCGCCGGGCACCACCACCACGGCAAGGCCUGGCCCGAGUACUACGAGAAGGAGAAGGAGGAGAUCCUGCGGCAGAGGAGGCUCAAUGAGAGGGAGAGGAUUGGAGAGCUGGGCGCACCCGAAGUCUGGGGACUUUCGCCAAAGGUUCCUGACCCCGAUUCUGAUGAACAUACACCAGUAGAAGAUGAAGAGGCAAAAUCUAAGAGUAGCUCUUCGGAUUCCAGCUCAGAAGAGGAGAAAAAGAAGAAGAAGAAGAAAAGAAAGAAGAAAAAGCGGAAGACAUCCAAAAGAAAACACAGAAAAAAUUCUGAGGACAGCGACAGUGAGUCGGAGUCUGAGCAGAACUCCAGUGAUGAAGAUAAAAAGAAAAGCAAAAAGAAGAAAAAGAAGCAGAAAAAGAAGAGGUCUAAGAAAAAGAAAAAUAAAAAGAGCAGGAAGGAAUCCAGUGAUUCAAGUAGUGAAGAUUCUGAUGAUGAAACGCUGCAAGGAGAAGAUCUCUGGAUUGAGAGAUCAAAAAAUACAGAAGCCGAUAGCUUGAUUGGACCAGAAGCUCCCAAAACGCAUGCGUCUCAAGAUGACAGGCCUUUGAACUAUGGACAUGCCCUGUUGCCUGGUGAAGGUGCAGCAAUGGCAGAAUACGUAAAAGCAGGAAAACGUAUACCCCGGAGAGGUGAAAUUGGCUUGACCAGUGAAGAAAUCGCAUCGUUUGAGAGCUCUGGUUAUGUAAUGAGUGGCAGCAGACAUCGUCGAAUGGAAGCUGUGCGUCUGCGUAAAGAGAACCAGAUUUACAGCGCAGAUGAAAAGAGAGCUCUGGCAUCCUUCAACCAGGAGGAGAGGAGGAAAAGAGAGAAUAAGAUCCUUGCAAGCUUUCGAGAGAUGGUCUACAGAAAGACUAAAGGCAAAGAAGAAAAAUAAUUUCUCAUUUGAACUGUGUGCCAUAGAUUCUACUAAGCAGCAGCUAACCUGUUCCAGUCAUGAUCUGAAAAAAGCUGCAAGUGCUGCAGUGCCUUUCAGCCAACAGGGCCAAGCCUCAGGAAUGGAUUACUUGUAUCAAGGAAAUAGAAUUACUGUUAUCAGAUUUUGUUGGAGGAUUUGUUCACCGUCUGCAAGGAAUCCCUGUAAAUCGAAAGGCUAGGAGACAGGAACAGGCAGAGGAGGUUAGAGGUGGCAAUAUUCUGUCGUCACUUGGACAAGCAGGGGGAUUCCAUGGGAGGGCUUUGGUACGUGCUGCUGCUAAAUGCUAUUUUGCAUUUAUUUUCACUAAGAGAGUAGAUUGACCAUCACAACCAAGCUACUAGUGAGAGUAGCAAAAAUUAGGAAUUCCUAAAUUCCUGUUUAUGUAUUUUUCAUGUCUUAGAUUUUUUUUUUCUCAAAACAGUUGUUUGUUUUGUGGUUUAGAGUACUCCUGUAUAUAGAUGUAAAUUUGUAAUUUAAUCCAGACUGGCUUCAGUUACUUUAAAGCAAGCAGAUUGCAACUGGGGUAUAAAAGAACAGUAACAGUAAUAGCAGGGUCUGAUCUUGAAUCUCCCAAAGCCCCUGGAGAACUGCUAUGGCGCUUGCUUCUUUUUCUGCUAUGUUAUACAUAGGUAUCAGAGCAGUGGGGUGCAGCACUUGGAACCUGGAUGUACACAGGUGGUAAUGAGGAUGUAUCUUUCAAUUUUUUGUUUGAUUUUUUUUUUUUGGUCUAGUGAAGCGUUCUAGAUUAAAGCCUUAUUUUAA